AGAUCUCUUUGGGAGAGUUUCUGAGAUGUUGUGACCAGCCCAUAAGUGAGGAGCAAGCCUGGGCCCUUUGCUUUCAAUGUUGUUAUGAAAUGAAGCAGCUGAUUCAGGACUCCCACCCUGUAGUGAUUAGAGGUCUGGGAAGCAUUCUUAUCCACUCUGAUGGUGUUGUUUCCUUCACGGUGGGUCCUAAAUCUGGUGUUAGCAAGACUCAGCUGGAGGAGCAGCUGACAGAGCAUCUGGGAAUGGUGAUCUAUAAGGCGCUGGACUGGGGGAUUGACAGCCAUAUGGAGCGAGAGCUGAGUGAGCCAAUGGAGAAGUUGAUCUCCCUCCUUCUGAAAUUAGACACUGAGGCGACAAAAUCAGCAAUCACUUUCCAGGAUGUCCUCAAGAUCUGUGAGGAGCAUUUGCCCCGACCUUCUGAGGCUGCCAGCUAUUACAGAACGGUCUGCAGGAUUCUCUUUGCUGAGUACAUAGAUCUUCAGAAACUAAUGCUCACUAUACAAAGCUCCAAAGAGAGUCUAAAAAGAAUGGAUGUGGAGGAUUUGCUGGACAACGCCUCUCUGAGGAAGAAGGAUAAUUACUGGGCUAGCUUGUGGUACGAUGUCGUUGGGGAACUGCGGAAUGGUGUGCGGCUGCGCAAGACCGUGGACCGACCCCGGCGUAGCGUUCCUCCCAAAGAGUACACCCGGUCUCCAUACGAGCUCUUGGCAGAGGACAUCAGACACAAAAGAUACACCCUCCGCAAGGUGAAGAUCAACGGUGAGCAAAAAUGCAAGAGCUCUGAAGGCAACACAAUUACUUCACAGCCUCUUUUAAAGCUAGCCUCUGAGAGGAAACUGAAAGAGAACUCCCCCAAAGAACCCAGUCUGCAUGACCUGCUCAUGAUGGAAAUAAAACAGCCGCGGAAGCUUCGGCCAUCUUCUACAGAGAGAAAUUGGAGCAAGCACAAAGAUACCUUUGUGAUGCCAAUACUUUCAUUGAAUUCCACUUGUGGCAAUGUCUUCUCCAUCCGGAAUGCUAUUACAGAAAUUACGAUUCACAGAGUUAGAAAACAGCUGCUGGUCCCUAGCUUGCUGGCCUCAGAAUUUCAGGACUCCUUUCCUACACGGUGGGCAUCGCCAACUAUUGCGGAACUGAUUGGAACCAGAUACGCUAUGGUGGUGUCUGAAAUGGAAGGCUCCUGCCAAAGAGAUGGUCCCAAUGGAUCUUCAAGGGCCAGGGUCUGUGCCUACUGCCGUAAGCAGAUGGUCUUUCUGUGGCCUUACAUGUGUCAUCUCUGUAGCAGUGUCAUCUGCUGUGAUUGCUGUGUUAAGAUGUCCAUGCCCUUCAGACCAUGUGUGCAUCUUCCACUUAACUUAAUAAGAGCACUAAAGCUCACUAAGGAGGAGGAUCCAGCUACCCAAAACCAGAAAUCAACACAGUUGUUGAUUGAAGUAGAACAUUGGGAUUGUUCUAGAUCACCAUGUAUGGCUGGCAUUCCAUGAUUAGGAAGGCGUCGAUAAAUCAGUGACAGACAACCACGUGAGAACUUUAGCCUUCCCUGGAAUCAUGCUAUGGAAAGUUCAGAUUCGAGUACUCCUUCAUUCCAAGCAGCAGACAAGGAGACUGGAGUUUGGGAAGGAUGACGGGAUGGUGGGGGGAAAUUGUGCUGGUCAAGCAAAGGAGGGGUGGGAAUAGCAUUGGAUGAGCUGAGGAUGGUAAGGUAGUGGAGUUCUGAAUGAGCCAAGAACUUGAGUGGUACUAUAUCUGAGGAUUAAUCCUGAUAGAAAAUGUUAAUAUUGUACAAUGCUUUACACUUGGUUGGGAUGUGAUAGAAACAAUGGGAUUCCUGCCCUACAGAGCUUACAAUCUAAAAGCAUGUGGGAGAAGCAGACAGACUCUCUUUUCUCUCUCACCUUUCCCCAGGCCAGAAGCUGUCUGGGAGGAUGUGUUUGUACAGUGCCAAGAGCAAGACAGGUCCUGAUUUCCCCUGAGUCAUGCAGGUGCUAUGGUAACACAAAUAACAAUAAGAAGGGAGCUCAAACAAGCUGUGGGGCAGAUGAAAAUACAUGGAAUGCCCCAGAAAUUUGGGAAGAGACAUGGUGCUCGGUGGGCGAAGGGUUAGAGAGAAUGACAACAAGGUUGUGUAAUGUUACAUAGCCACUUUCCCCUCUCAGUCACUCUUUCAAAUCCAGACCAGAUUAGUGGGGAUCAGAGCUGGGCCCUUAUACAAAUAAAGAAGGCAUCAGAAAAUCAGGGAUAGGAGCUCAGGGGAGUUAAUGCAUCCCCUUAAAGCGUAUAGCAACUGGUAUGUUCUCCUCUCACACUGGAGGUUGUAUUGUCCUGAAGCACAGGACCACCAAUGUAGCUGAGCAUUCCCUCCCCCCACCCCCACAAGUAGGGCAGUAACUAACAGCCACCAGACAGCCGUGCUGAGCAAAGAGCUGGAGAAGGUGCGUUGGGGGAUGAGGAGCCUGACAUGGCUGCCCCAUCUCUGAUUUUUAGUGGUAAACAUCAGAAUCUUUCUCCGGCCCCUUUAGCAGAGUGGGACAAGUUACCCCUGGUGUAACUCCACUCAGGCAAGUGAGAUUAUGCCAGGAGUGAAUUUGGCUGAGGGAGUUAACUGAUCAUGCAGCUUUUGGAAAGCACCAAGUAAAGCAUGAGGCAGCGGGGACUGUGACAAAGGCUCUUUCCUGGACAGAGGUAGGAACAGGGCCAGAUCAGCACUGUGGGCUUUUCUCUGAGGUGCCUCCCUGUCUGGGGCCCUGGGUGUGGGAGCCAGGGUAGGGCUUAGUGGAUUUUUUUCCACGCUGUUUCUCCAAGAUCCCUGACAGAGCCCAUCAGGACAGCCUUUUAUCAGCGCUGCACGCUUUAGUGAGUCUGUCAUGACUCACACACAGUAUGCUCCAUGCUGGAUUAAUCCAGCCAGCUUUCAUGCUCAGGAUAUGGCAACAGGAAGUGGGGCGGGGGAGAGAGAGAAAGAAAUAGAUACAUGGGCUGACAAGGGCUGAAGAGAUCAGAAACCCAAGCCCCUUUGUUUGUUGACGACAGGAUCUCAGUUUUUAGGGUGAUACGAAAAGGUGAAUAAAAAUAAACAUAGGCCAAUGAAAGGGGUAAAGAACAACAGGUACGUAUGUCUACUACCACUUAUUUGCAGAUACUUGUUGCUUUCAUGAUUUAUACAUUUCAGGGUGUAUUGAGCCAUCUCUAGUGGGACUAUGCAAGUGUAUUUCAAUUGCUACACCUUUACCAUUAUAUCACCCUCUGGCGAGUCUGAGUUUGAGGGCUAUGUAACAUCUCCCAGAGCCCUCUGGGCUGCAAGGAGGUCAUUUCUUAAGCCAAGCACCUCAAGGCAGGGGUGGGAGUGGAUGUGGGCAGAAUUCUCUCUCAUUCUCUCUCUCAAUUUCCACAUAGAUCUUUGUUUUUUUUCCAUCAACUUGGGCUGCACCUGGAUUUGAAAGAAUUAUUUAAAGGAGAAAUUUCCUGCAUUUUGCUAACAUCUGUACAACUUACUGUAUCUCUUCAGUUCUUAGUCCACUCCACACUAACUCCUCCUUCAAAUCAUUGGCUCACCCAGUAUUAACCUCAUUCCCAAAAUCCUGGGUUCACUUAGCACUAAAAAGCUUUGGAGAACCCACCUAUUCCUAAAUCAUAGCAGUUUCAGCAAUCCCACCUCACUCUUUGUCUGAUUGCCCAGCUCUUGUUUCA